AUGGCUGCCCUUCCUCAAUUCACGUACAUCUUUGCCUUCGGGUUGAUCUUCGCUUUCCUCGACGCCUGGAAUAUCGGCGCCAACGAUGUCGCAAACUCUUUCGCUACCUCGGUGUCCUCCAGAUCCCUGACCAUGAUCCAAGCCAUGUGCAUUGGUGCGGUUAUGGAAUUUGCUGGUGCUGUUCUCGCUGGAUCUCGUGUCGCCGGUACCAUCAAGAACGAUGUCAUCGCCAUCUCCGAGUACGAAAACGAGCCUAGCAUGCUCAUGUUGGGCAUGCUUUGCGCCCUGGUCGGAUCUUCCCUCUUCCUGACGUUCGCCACCAAGAUUGGCCUUCCAGUGUCGACUACACACUGCAUCAUCGGCGGCAUCAUCGGCUUUGGCUUCGCUACUGUCGGUGCCAAUGGUGUCGACUGGAGCUGGAACGGCGUCUCUCAGGUGUUCGCUGCAUGGUUCAUCGCGCCAGGUGUGGCCGCAUGCUUCGGCGCCCUAAUCUUCCUUUCCACCAAGUACGGCGUAUUGCAGAGGAAGAAUGCCCUGAAGUAUGGCAUGAUCACUGUGCCAUUUUACUUCGGUCUCACCAGUGGAAUUUGUACCAUGUUGAUCGUCUGGAAGGGUGCUGCUUCGCUUGACCUCGACGACUGGGGCGUCGCCCCAACGGUCGGAACCAUCUUCGCUGUUGGUGGCGGCGUCGGUGUACUCUCUAUCAUCUUCCUUCUACCGUACAUUCACGUCAAGCUCAACCGGGAGGACUGGAAGCUCAAGUCCUGGGAGGUCAUCCAGGGCCCCCUCCUCCUCCGUCGUCCCGAUGCUGGGCCCAUCCCGCCGGGUAUGCGCCUGUUCCCUGACUACUACGAGGGCCACAAGACAAGGGAAGAGCUUGAUGCAGCUGGUCGUGAAGUGGAGACACGCAGCGACGAGGAGAGCAUGGAGCGCACCGCAGUCGACGCCGAUGGAAUCGCUAAGGAAGAGAAGAUGCAUUCGCUCUCGGAGCCUAACGCCGCGGUCAAUCUGGUCUCUCCCGCGACCAACCCUGUUCCCAUCCAGCGCAAGUGGUACGAACCCGUUGCCAUCUGGCAUAGACUUGGCUACUUCUUCUUCCGCGGUGUUUACGUAGACGUCGUCGGCGAGCAAUCUGGCACUAAGGAGCCGAAGUUCCUGGAGCGUCUUCUGGUGGGUAAGAAUCUUGCCGACAAGCAUGCCCGCGUCGUGCACUAUGAUCAGAAGGUCGAACAUCUCUACUCUUUCCUCCAAGUCUUGACCGCGGCAACUGCUUCGUUCACGCAUGGAGCCAACGACGUUGCAAACGCUAUGGGUCCCAUGGCCGCCAUCUACAACGUCUGGCGGACCAACACAACGGGCGAAGACUCUCCCGUCCCAAUCUGGAUUCUGAUCUACGGAGGUGCUGCCAUCUCCAUCGGGUUGUGGACUUACGGUUACAACCUGAUGCGCAACCUGGGCAACCGUAUUACGCUACACUCGCCUGUUCGUGGUUUCUCCAUGGAAUUGGGAGCUGCUGUGACUGUUGUCUUUGCCACCCGUCUUGCUCUUCCUGUCUCCACGACUCAAUGUAUCAUCGGAGCUACCGUUGGUGUCGGUCUCUGCUCCGGUGAGUGGAAAGCUAUCAACUGGCGCAUGGUCGCCUGGUCGUACUCUGGCUGGUUCAUCACCCUCCCAAUGACCGCGCUCAUUUCCGGAUCGAUCAUGGCUAUCAUCAUCAACGCCCCUCGAUGGGGUCUAACCGGCGCCGCCGUUGCCGCCUAG